AAUGUAGGAAGUAACCCCACUGCUGGUCGUUCAUGUUUUGACAGCGAUAAGUCUGUUAACACUUAACUGUCGCUAGUUUACCAUUUAUUUCGGGGAAAUAUUCGACAGGUGUCGAUAUUCGCGUUGAACACACCAGCUGUCGUAAAGUGAGUGAAAGUGACACGGUAACAGUUUGAUGAAUCGAAGUCGGAACCCACCGCCCCGGGGUCAAGGGGCUGCGCGUGCGAAACAGAUGGGGCUGCUCCUUGACCUGACCCCGGAUGCGGGGAUGGAUGAUGACGGUAACGAUGAAGAUCUUGAGGCUGAGCUAAACAUUUUGAUGGGAGGAGGAGGAAGACCACAAAGGAAUAGAAGUGAAAAUAAAGCUCCUGUUGCAAUGGCUGAUAUUGAACGAAUGGCAGCACUUUGCAUGAAAGAUCUGGAUGAAGAGGACAUGGACGCUGAUGAUUUGGAUAACGAUGAAGAUCUGCUGGCAGAAUUGAAUGAUGUUUUGGAGGAUGACGAGGAAAGCAGUCCUACUCAGGCCUCACAGGCUCCCAGAGUUAGCAAUACAUCACAUUCUUUUCCUCCUGCGAAUUCCAGUGGUGCAACUGGUUUAGAGUGCUGUGUAUUGGAGCGUAUGGAGAUGUACAAGGCUGCCAUCUCCAAUGCUACUGCAUCAGGGGAGACAAGCAAAGCUCGAAGAUAUGACCGUGGAUUAAAGACAUUGCAGUCAAUGCUUGCAUCAGUCAGGAAAGGAAAGCCAGUCAACGAGGAGGAGAUGCCACCUCCUGUUGCUGUUGGCAGAAAAGCCAGUGCUUCAGCUGAGUCUGAAUCCACGAAAGAGCAACAAAUGCCAGAGCCCGUGUUAAUGCCAUACCCUCCAUUCAAUCAAAAACCUUUACGGGAGGCAGCAUCAGGAGCUCCUAAUACCAAGCCACUCCAUUUAGCACCACCCCAGUACCCGGCGGCUGCAAUCACUCCAGGAACCCCGAUAAUCUCUCCAAUGACACCCUCUCAGCCCGGCACACAACACUCAGAGCUCAAACAAGCAGUGUUGUCCCGACAGAGAGAGUACAAGCUAGCAGCCAUACAAGCCAAACAGAGUGGUAACAUUGACCUGGCCAAACGCCACUAUGUCACAGCCAAGCGUCUGGAUUCAGUGGUGGAGGCCGUAGAUGGGUGUGAACCAGUAGACCUGAGCUUGCUCCCUCCAACCCCUGGAGACGUAGUAGACGAGACACAUACACCUCCUUCCCCUAAACAACCUGCUCCUGCUGCUCCAGCACCCACACAGGAACCAACUGCUGGCCUUCCUGCUCCCAGCAAUGUGGCAGAAGCCCUGCAGCAGAGGAUGGACAUAUACAAAUCAGCAGCAGAUGGAGCUAAGAGCAAAGGAGAUGACCGUAAAGCACGCAUGCAUCAGCGUAUUGUAAAGCAAUACCAGGAUUCCAUUAAAGCACACAAAGCUGGUCGACCUGUCAACUUAUCCGAUCUACCUUUACCACCAGGUUGUCCACCAUUACAGGGCUCAGAGAGGGAUCAGCAAAACUUUAUGGGUGUCCUGGAAACAGCUAUGAAAAUAGCAAAUCGGGAUCCAGACGCAGAAGAAGAAGAGGACAGUCAAAGAGAGACUGCCAAGCCCUCAGUGCGUCCACCUGCCCAAAAAGCCAAAUCUCCAGCACCUCAAGCACCUGGUGGUUCCUUAACACCAAAACUGGGAGCCAAAGCCCAACAGCAAGUGGAUUUCCUGUUGCUACGGCGACAGGCUUUUUUGCGGGCAGCACUGCGCUCAAAGAAGAUGAAGGAUAUGACGGCGGCAGCGCAGCACCUCAGACACGCCAAAGGAGUUGACCCCAUGAUCGAAGCCGCUAAGUCUGGCCUUCCUGUUGAUAUCACCAAGAUACCCAGCAGUCCAGUCAGUGAAGACGACUACUUACUAGCUCGUUCCCGUACGUCUCCUCUUUCUCCUCGUACCAGUGAGCAAUUCCACAGCCUCAUGGAUCUUUUGCGGAAGCAGCAUGAGAAAUGUGUGAGUCGCUCACAGCAGUUCAUACUCAUGGGCAAUAUUGGAGAGGCUCUCAAGUGUGAAAAGCUUGUGGAGGAGUCGUUCAAAAACAUAGAGAUACUGAAGAAUGCCCAUACCAAGGGCCAACCAGUGCCCAAAUGUCGCACGGAGGAGAAGACAUUCAGUGUUGUCAAGAACUACCCCGACCUGGCCCCCAAUGACAUGAUGCUGUACAUCAUCAGAGGCAUCAACCUACCAGUUCCCUCAGGUGUCUCGCCUAAUGAUCUGGAUGCCAGUGUGAAGUAUGAGUUUCCUUUUCCCAGUGCGGAGGAGCCACAGAGGGACAAAACCAGCACAAUAAAAAGUACUAGCAGUCCAGAGUUUAAAGAGCAGUUCAAACUCAUCAUCAACAGAGCGCACAGAGGAUUUAAACGAGUCAUCCAGUCCAAAGGCUUAAAAUUUGAAAUCAUUCACAAGGGAGGUCUCUUUAAAACGGACAAGGUUGUGGGCACAGCUCAACUGAAGCUCGAGUCUCUCGAAAACCGCUGUGACAUCAGAGAGAUUAUAGAGGUGAUGGAUGGACGUAAAGCCACUGGUGGCAAGUUAGAGGUCAGGGUGAAGAUCAGAGAGCCGAUAUCCAGCGUAGAACUCCAGCCUACGACAGAGAAGUGGCUAAUCCUUGAACCAGUCUCCUCUCUCUCACCUCCAGAGAGACACAAAGAACGGGCUCCAUCUCCUCGAUCUAAAUCCAAACAUGAGGUGAGCAACAGGAGCAGUCAGUCCAGCAGCUCUCCUCCCCAGUAUAAGCUGCACAGCUUCAGCCUCCUUAACUACGACAAGGAACGGUUAGAGAGAAAGAUUGCAGAGUACAAAAAGAACCGGCAGGAUCCCCCAUCUGAUGUCAUUCAUCAGCACAAAGAGAUCAUACACAGGUUGCAGUGGCAAAAAGCACAUCUGGAGCGAGCGUCUCCUGCUCUGCUAUCAGAGUAUGAAAGUGUGCUGCGGCGCUUCACCCAAGGACUUGCUGACUCUGUGAAGAAAUUCUCAACUCAAGGCAAUAGGGAUGCUGCCAAGGAUGCUCUGAGUAGGUUGAAGAUGGUAGAGACUGAGAUGGAAUCACUGAAAAGAAAACGCGCUGGAUAAGAGGAGACGAGUUUGCCAAAGCAUUGGCUGGAGUACUGUUAUCUUUUCUUUUCUCUCAUAUGCACAGAUACAAACACUCUAGCACUCUGCUCUCAAGACCUUUGUCAUGGUUUUAUGCUGCAUGUCCAUGACAAAUGCAUGCAGCCACUUGCUCUUGAAUGGACAAACACUACAGAAAACCUUCUUGAACAAUUUCCAUGUUUGUCUUUGCCUCGUUUCAAGCAAAGAUACACCAAAAUGUGUAUCUGCUUGACCAAUACUCUAAGGUGUUUUAACCCAUUUCCUCCUUAUUUUAUGGGCAUAAAGAUCUUAAUCUAAUCUGUCUGCUCCAAUGUUCCCAGAUUACAGUAAUCUGCUGCAUUCGCAUUGGUGUGAUAUGGGAGUAAAAAAAAUGGGGCUUUGCGGCACCACAGCCUACAUCCCAUAAUGAGGGAUUAGUGUUUGUGUCACCACGGAGACAACUAGAUCAGACAUAAAUUCGCCUAUGGGGUUGCAGAAGGGGGGAGUGUUAACAGUGUGCCAUGAAUGUGGUAGCAGUUUAGCUCUGCCUUCUUCAUCAGCCACUUGCUCUUUGUCGCCUCCUUCACCUUCUCUGUCUUCACACUAAUUCCUUCACAUACAUUCAGAGAUUACUCCGUUACAUGCGGCUCCAUUUGGAUUUUAUUCCAAGUCUUAAAGAGAGUUAAGUCCUUCGUGCUGUCUAUUAUAAAAUAAUUAACAGCUGCUACCGCUUUCAUACAAAUCCUGGACACAGCCGAGGAUUUAAAGUGAGCCUUUUUGUUUGUUUUUUGCUCAAAUUACCCUUGUGAAGGUUGACUUGAUAAAGCCCACCGCAUAUAAUUCAGAACAAUAAUAAUUUCAUUUUCUCUGUAAGAUAUAAUUUUUUUCUGGUCAGUCACAGUGGAGGGACAAAUAUAUUACCAUUAGCCAAUCAUUUUCAAAUGCUUAUCCUGUUGAAGGCGGGGAUCUUUCACUUUCGUAGUUAAGUCAUACCUGUGACCUGCAGCAUUAUGCAUGUUUACUCCCUGCCAUGGUUCUGUCUUGACAGUUAAUUGAGCAGUCAUUAAUGUCAGUUCAUACCUGUGACAUCUCUCCUAUGAUGGGUACAAAUAUGUCUUGUGCUGUGUAGUUUCACAUUUGGAAAAUCCUUUCAUUAACUUUUCCUGAUUUUCAGAUGUAAUUUAUCUCACUUCUUUUUAUUCUGCUGAGUGUUGUUCUAUAUGGAGCAGACAAAAAAUAAUCUAUGUGAAUAAUGCUGAAUUUGAUGAUUGCUUAUAUGCUUCUCAGCAUGAAAUGUAGAAAAAAAACAACCAAACCAAAAAAAAAAAAAAACAAUGAAAAUGCCAACUUCAGUUCCUUUAAACUCAAGUGGAUUGGUGUUGAUAUGGCAUAUAUGGCCCACACAACAAUUCUGUAAAAAAAGAAGAAGAAAUGGGCACUUUUUCUGAUGGUGUUGAAGUGCAAUAUCAUUACUUUUCAACCAAUGAAUUGACCAAUCAUUUAAAGUGUGGAAAACUGUUUUAUUAGCUAAAACUUAAAACAAUUGGCUACAUUUUUUUAAUUUGGUAUAACUGUGCAAUUUUACUUCAAGAAAUAUAAAUCUAUUUUCAUAUAUGUUUCCCUCUCACACCUCAUUACACAAGCUUUUAACUCUACAUCACCUCGAAACACAACCCGACAUAUUACCCGCUCUUUUGAGUAAGAGGCUGUCUUGUUGUCAUGGUGAUGAGCUCAUCAGCAUUCAGUGUGGAUUUUUGAUGGUUAGAGUUGGGGGGAAGGACAUAUUGCAAAAGUUUGCUCGUCUGGAAACUGACUUUCUCACCUGCCACAGUACACGUACACUUGAUUCCUUUUUACAUAUAUAUCUUUUCUCAUUUCUGUAAUGACGCUACACUACAUUGAAUGAAUCAAUUUACAAGGGAAAAUGUGUGGUCUAUUUUUUGUCAUUACAGCUUUCUUAUGUCCUGAUAUUCAGCAGUAUAUGUAUCGUCUUGGCUUGGUGUUGUUGAAUGAAUCGCUUUUUUUAUUAUGUUCUUUCAUGUAAGGGCAAUCAGAAAAAUAUACUAUUUAUAUACAUAAGAACAGAAUUUGAUGCUUUUGUCUCUAUAUUCAAGUAUGUGUCACAACGAUUUGUGCGGUGCAAAGCGGGAAUGAAUCAAGGCCUACUUACCGAGGCGUUAUUACCUCAUGUACAGGGUUUGUUUUAAUAUGAAUAAAUGGUAAACUAUG